UCUCUUUCUCGCUCCACUUGUUUGGGGGGCUUGCACUUUAAUCCUUGCUUGCUUUUGCAUUUACUCCACUUGCAUUCUCAAACUGGGCAUUCAUUGCAAUCAGGAUCCACUCGUUGUUGUUGUCGUUGUUGUUGUCAUCCCUUUUUUUCCACCAGUUUUCUAGGCGGCGCGCAUCUGUAGACGUGGUGGGAUGGUGUCGUGGCUCCGCUGUUUCAAUGCCUGAUUGAUUCACCACUGUGACAUGAAGAUUCCGCAUUUGCCACAGUUUUUGGAAUUCAGGGUUGUUUUAGGGUAAUUGGGUGGCCGUGGCAUCAUGAUUCAGCGGUACGGGAGAGGGAUUGGGGAAGUUUACAAGCUUGCUCGGCUUCACUGCACUAGUCUCCAUGCCGUCAGAGAAUGCAACAUUCUUUUUGUGGGCCGAGGGGAAUUGGUAACGCUGGGAGCUGUGUCUCUCAUCGCCGAGAAUGUUUAUGGAACUUGCAAUUCGGUUGUGUUUGGUGGGAGUAAGUAUGGUAGAGCGCGGCGAAGCGGGCUCUGCCCUGGUUUGCGUCGAGUUUCCAAAAAUGCGGUCGUUUCCAAUGAUCUUGAAUUGGGCGCAGCGCAGCGCAAAGAGUUCGCGAUCGAGGUAAAUGGUAAUGUUUUGGUGCCUAGGGGUUUAUAUACCCAAGUUGGUGGCUCCCUGGACUGCCAGGAGGAACAGGACUUGGAUAUCGAGACCGAAAUAAAUUCUUUGGAACUUAAUACACAAGAGGUCAUCAACGUCGGGUUCAAUGAAUUCCGUGGCGCGGAAUCGCGUUCAGAAUUGAGUAGCGUAGCUGUAGAAGAAACGAGAACAGUAUCUGGUGGCAGAGAUUUUCUGAGUAAUGAGCUCUUCUUUAAUAGCCAAGCUGCGCCUUCCCAUAGACAGACUGGCCUGGAUAGUUUUACGGAAACGAGCAAUGGUAUGGAGACUUUGGCAGUGUGGCCCCAAAUGCCAGGCAUACCAGAGUGUUCUUGGCGGAUUCCAGAUUUGAUAUGCGAAGUGCUGCCCCUCCCCCAGAGCUUCAAUCUACAGCUUCAGAUACUAACUGAGAAGCUUGGCUGUAGUAUCCAUUCCCGGGAGCUUCUCUUGCGAAUUUUGGUUCAUAAGAGCUACUAUUUGUCCAAAAUGCCACAAUCUGUGAAAGAGAAAAAGUUGAGGAAGCCUCUCAUGUCAUGGCAAAGAUCAGGAACCGUGGAAGACAACUUGAUGACUUUUGCUGACGCACACGCAGAGGCUCGAUUAAAGCUAGCUUUAAUAGGAGACACAGUCUUGAAUCUUGUCGCUUCCACCCACCUUAUUCGCCAAUACCCUUUGCUGUCAACUGGCUCAAUAACGGAACGAAGGUCACAGCUGGUGUGUAAUAGCAACUUGGCUCGCGCUUGGUGCACAUUAUUGGAUCUGCGUGAGCUUGUGUUGUGUGAUCCUCUCCUCUCUCGAUCUAAAAAAGCUUCAGCAACUGCUCUCUUAGAAAAUCAGAUGAAAGCUUGUGCAGACACUCUGGAAGCUUACAUUGGAGGUCUCUACGUAGAAAAGGGACUGGAAAGUACCUUACAGUUUGUCGAGACUCGUUUGUUACCCCUCCUACUCCUCGCUAAGCCAACGAGGAACCCAGUGACCAUUCUGCACGAUCGAUGUGCAAUGGUAUUGCAGGAGAAGCCAGAUUACAAGUUGAUCGGAGUUGACAAUCAGAACACCCCAAAUGAAUCCUGCAGAAUUAGAGUGUAUGUGAAAGGGUUCCGCUUGUCCACUGGGAUUGGGAAAUCACAGAGACUCGCUAGACAAGAUGCUGCAGAGAAAGCCCUCCUCAAGUGGCCAGAGAUCUUUGGGUCAUCAUAAUUUUGGUUUUUCUGAUGGCACGCAAAUGUUUCUGUAACCUCUUGUCCUGAUUAUUUUAAAAAGAUUGGCAUGUUUCACUAAUUCUCACGAACCAGAAAAAGGGGUCGCCUGCUACCUCAGGCAUAAUGAUAUCGUAUUUUAUUCAAGCCACGGUCUAGUUUUCAUGUAUUCAUAGACUAUUACAAGUAAAUUUAACACAGGAAGUUUUAUGUACAUAUUUCUGAGGGUGAAGAUGGAUUAGCAGUGAUGAGAUGAAAUUUUUAUGGAUUCAAAUACUUGUGAAAUCGGAUCAAUAAAAAAACAAACCAGCAUUUUAAAA